AUGCUCAGCACACAAGCCGGGGCCCUGGGCCAGCAACUUGCAGGCCGAGUUAUGGCGGGCCAAAAUAUGACCUAUGCCCCUGUGUUAGUGUUAGAUACAUACAAGGAGACCAUGCAGCUGGCACUGAAAGCCGCCUCCGCGUUCAAUACUCAGUACGACCGUUUUCAGGAUAAAGCAACGUCUCUGAAAGAGCAAAUUGAGGCGUGGGAGACGAUGCUUUCCGAAGCUAUUGACAGCCAAACAAUGCAAGGCAAACUGCGUGACGCGGCAUAUCAAAAGUAUCAAGAUGCUGCUAAAGCAGCCGACAGUUGCGAUCAACAGUUCAGCUUAGACAAUGACGCUGUAGAAGCUGCUGGGGUGCAUUUCCAGGAUGGCAUAGAGAAGUGGAAGUUUGAACAGAAGCUCAAAGCAAUAAAAGAAAUCACCAUGGCGGUCAUUACAUUUGCAGUUGGCAUUGGCGAAAUGUGUGCUGGUGAUCCGGCUGGAGUUGGCGGAGCCGAGAAAGCCGUUGAGGUUGCAGAAGAAGCUGAAAAAAUCGCGAUUCGAGUCGCGGCAAAAGUCACCUCAGAGACAUUCAAGAAGCUAAAGGAAGUUGUCGAGGCACUGGGCAAAUUAUAUCCAUCAGUAUCUCAAAUGGACAAGGCAAUCAAGGCCCUUGAAUCCAAUCCUGGUGUUGAUGUUCCCUCCAUCGCUGAAAUCUCGGGCACGACAAAGGGGGAUGCAGACUCUAAUGAUCAGAUGGCAUUCGCAGUUAUGGCUGGAAUUGAAGGCGCAACUGCAUGCCGGCUUGCUCUGCGGAAGCACGCGAUCAAUGGAAAGCAGUUGGUCCAAAUCCAGGCUGAAGCUGUUAAAGCCGGGUAUGAGUAUGUUCAGGCUCAAAUGGAACUCAUUCGUUGCGCAAAGCAGGUGGAAGAUCUCCACGGCUUGAUUGAUAGCUAUACGGGUCAAGAAGACGUCUACCUCGAAGCCGAAGCUCAGCUCUAUGAUCGUCUAUUGGCUCUCAAAACGGGUGUCGUAAUUGAGCUACAGAAUAUGGUGUGGGUAUAUCGAUACAUGUACUGGGCUCUUUCGGAAAGCAAAAUUGUUCUUGACGUCACAAAAUCCAUUGAAGAUUAUGACAGUGAUCUUUAUCAGAUCGCCCGAGAUAUAGGGACAAUAGACGAGCAAUAUCCCAGCGAUUUCCAAGGCUUCACAUACUAUGGUGAAAGUGACAAGGUGAAUAUAUGCCCAUUCACAACGCUCUCCCGAAGUAAAUAA